AUGGGUAAGAAACUUUGCCAAGGUAAAGGAAAGGAGCUCCAGCAAGCUCAGCAAAAUAAGCAUGCUGCAAACAGGAGCAGCCCGUGUCCUGUAGAGCUCCAUGUGUGCAAUCUUCAGAAUGGCUCUCGGUACCAAGAUACACUUUAUCACAAAGCUGUUAAGGGUCUGUGCUGCAAGCCGAAGGUGUGUGAGGGCUCCAUAAUGAAUGUGAAGUCUCUAACUCGCUCUCGUCCUGUUUUCCCACCUCCUUCCAAUGAGCUCCUCAUGCAGGCCAUUGAUUUCAUUAACCAGUACUACAAAUCCUUUAAAAGCUCUAAAAUAGACGAACAUUUGGCCCGGGUUAAUGAGGUUGCUCAAGAGAUUGAUGUCACCGGAUCUUAUCAGCUCACUACUGAAGAGCUCGUGUUUGGAGCCAAGCAGGCUUGGAGGAACGCGCCCAGGUGCAUUGGCAGGAUUCAGUGGUCCAAUUUGCAGGUGUUUGAUGCGAGAAAAAGCAGGACAACAGAGGACAUGUUCCAGAGUUUGUGUGCUCAUCUUGAAUUUGCUUUAAAUGGGGGCAACCUGAGGUCAGCCAUCACCUUGUUCCCUCAAAGAACUGAUGGCCAGCAUGAUUUCCGGGUUUGGAACAGUCAGCUCAUUAGAUAUGCUGGCUAUCGGAUGGAAGAUGGCCAUAUUAUAGGAGACCCUGUUAAUGUAGAAUUCACUAAGAUUUGUGUCCAACUUGGAUGGACACCAAAGUACGGGUCCUUUGAUGUGUUGCCACUGAUCUUGCAGGCCAAUGGGGAAGAUCCUGAGCUGUAUGAAAUUCCUGCAGAACUGAUAAUGGAGGUUGAAAUAGAGCACCCAAAGUAUGAGUGGUUCAAAGGUCUGAACCUUAGAUGGUAUGCAGUACCUGUAGUGUCCAACAUGUUGCUGGAGAUUGGUGGUCUUGAGUUUACUGCGUGCCCCUUCAACGGCUGGUACAUGGGCACCGAGAUUGGUGUGAGGGAUUUCUGUGAUACUCAGCGCUACAACAUACUGGAGAAAGUUGGACGUUGUAUGGGGUUGGAUACACACAAGCUGUCUUCACUGUGGAAAGACGAGGCUCUGGUUGCCAUCAAUGUUGCUGUGAUACACAGUUUUCAGAAAAAUAAGGUGACCAUAACAGACCACCACUCUGCCACAGAGUCCUUCAUGAAGCACAUGGAGACUGAAUUGCGCCUGCGUGGUGGCUGUCCUGCCGACUGGGUUUGGCUGGUACCUCCCAUGUCUGGCUCUCUGACCCCCGUGUUUCACCAGGAGAUGAUCAGCUACAUCCUGUCUCCCUUCUUUUACUACCAGUCUGAUCCCUGGUUAACGCAUGUAUGGAAAGAUGAAAAGAAAGGACUAAAGAAGCGACAAAGAAUAACUUUCAAAGGUGUAAUAAAGGCAGUGCUCUUCUCUCACAUCCUCAUGAAAUCAGUCUUGGGAAAAAGAGUGCCCUGUACCAUCAUCUACGCUACCGAAACCGGAAGAUCACAGACCUUUGCUGAAAAGCUUAAAUCAAUAUUCAGUCGUGCUUUUAAUCCCAGGGUAAUUUGUAUGGAUGACUACAGUUUCCUGGAUUUUGAGACAGAGAGUCUCCUUAUGGUGGUGACUAGUACAUUCGGCAAUGGAGACUGUCCAGGAAAUGGACAGAUGUUCAAGAAGUACCUUUUCAGCACUAAAUAUCUCAAAAACAAAAUCAGGUAUUGUGUUUUUGGCCUUGGCUCUCGGAUGUAUCCACAGUUUUGUGCUUUUGCCCAUGCUGUGGAUAACAAGCUUGCAGAAUUAGGAGCCAAACGAGUGACUUCAAUAGGAGAGGGAGACGAGCUCAAUGGACAAGAAGAGGCUUUCUCCAUCUGGGCUUGCACCGUGUUCAAGGCUGCAUGUGAGGAGUUUGGCGUUGAGGGCCAUGACUUAUGGGAAGAACAUCUAACAGACAGCUGGGACCCACAGAGACACAGAGUACAGACUGACAGCAGCUCCUUUGAACGCAUCACGGCUCUCUCAGGACUACACUCUAAGAAUGUGCUUUGCUUGAAGUUAAAGAGAAGAAAGAAUCUUCAAAGUUUACAAUCAAGUCACUGUACUUUACUGGUUGAACUGGAAGUUGGCGGUGACAAAAAGGAGCGCUUGAAAUAUGUUCCAGGGGACCAUGUGGGCAUUUUCCCAGGGAAUUCACCUGAGCUAGUGAUGGGCAUUCUGAAGCAUCUCCCUAAUGCCCCUCCAACCAAUCAGAGCAUCAGACUUGAAUACCUUACUGAGUCUUGCAAUGGUAGUGCAAAGUGGCAAAUAGACUCACAUAUCCCAGCAUGCCCUCUAGCUAUGGCUCUAACAUACUUUUUAGAUAUCACCACACCACCUUCUCAAAGCUUCUUGCACAAGCUCUCACACAUGACCAAGCGCGAGGAUGAUCAUCAGCGUCUGCUUGCUCUAGCAAAGGACUUCAAGUCUUACUCAGAAUGGAAAGCAUUCAGCAGACCCAACUUCCUGGAGGUUCUUGAGGAGUUUCCUUCACUGGAGCUCUCUGCAGCCUUUGUCCUCCGCCAGCUUCCUCUGCUGAAGCCCCGUCUCUACUCUGUCAGCUGUUCUCCUGAUGUCUACCCCCACGAGCUUCACCUCACUGUAUCCGUGGUCAAGUACCACACACAAGAUGGAAAGGGACCCCUGCACCAUGGCGUCUGCAGUACGUGGCUCAACACCCUCAAAGAAGGCCAACUGGUUCCAUGCUUUAUUCACCGAUCCAGCGGGUUCCACCUUCCAUCAGAUCCCAGUUCUCCUACUAUAUUAAUUGGAGUAGGGAGCGGUAUUGCACCUUUCAGGAGUUUCUGGCAACAGCGCUUCCAUGACAUGAAAACAACAGGUCUGAAAGUCAGUCCGAUGCUGCUGGUGUUUGGAUGUCGUGGUGAAGACAUGGAUCAUCUCUAUAAAGAGGAGACUUUGGACAUGAGAAAAAUUGGCACGCUUAAGGACAUCAUUCCAGCGUACUCUAACCAGGCUGGUCUCCCGAAGGUGUAUGUUCAAGAUGUCCUGAGGAAACAACUUAGUGAAGAGGUUUGGCAGGUCUUGUACCAGAGCACUGGACACCUGUAUGUGUGUGGCGGCAUGAACAUGGCACGAGAUGUCGCACACACUAUACAAGCGAUCCUGGUUCAUCGUCUGGGUAUAACUCCCUCACAGGCUGGCGAAUAUCUGGAUCAAUUUAAGGCUGAGAAGAGAUACCAUGAGGACAUAUUUGGAGACUAAUAAAUCUUCACCCUCAGCAUUCUGGUCCUUGUCCUCCGAAGAACCGAAGCCAUGUGACUUGGGAUAUAAAAAUAUAUAUAUUUAGCAUAUUUCAAAAUUUGUCUUUGGAAUAUAUGAAAAUUUACUUUACCCAUUUUAUACUGCAUUUACUAUUGUGACAUUUAAUAUAUAUUUUGACCUUGUACUCAUUUCCUCUCACUUCACCAAGUGGUAAUUAAUUUUAUAUUACUUUUGCUUUGUUUUGGACAGUGGUAUUCCAUUAAUAUUAUUUUUUUUAAUUAAAUAGUCCCAAAAGUAUACAAACCCAGUAC